AAUUUUACAGCUCAGUCAACAGCUCAAAACCGAAAGUUCGCAGCUAAAUCGACGACUAGAAGCCCAAAGUUCGCAGCUAAAUCGACGACUAGAAGCCCAGUCCGUCGCUUUACAAGAGAUUCGAGACCUUACUCAAGCCCGUUUCACCAUCUUAGACAGGAGACUUCAAAGAGUUGAGAUCGUUUACCCAGACUGGGACUGAUAGAGAUGGCAGUCCCGACACCAUCAUUUACAAUUGCGCAUCAAAAGGUCGAACUUGAUGUCAACUUCAACCAGCUACUGACUGGAAAGACCGAGAUCACCAUCUAUCCCGACUCCCGAGACCUGAAAGAAAUUCGACUUCACGGACGAAUAUGUGCCAUCAAGAAAGUCCUAGUCAACAAUAUCCCUCCACCUUCCGUGCGCCAUGAAGACCCCUGUGAUCAACUCACUCUCCACUCUAAGAGCACGUCGCAUCAGCAUCACCUGCUUGCUGAAAAGCUGGCACGAUCCGUCGGUCCUGACCCCGAGCCGGAUAUCAUCAUCACUCUACCGAAGAAACUGAUAAUCCAGCCAGUGGAAGUGGCGGAAGUCCAUACGCAGGCGUCAGGCUCCAUUCAGAUUCCAGAACCGUCAACAGCAGGUCCAUCUGUGACCGAGGCCACGCAGGCAUUAUCAGACACGACUGUUGCCAGAUUCACACCGUUGACUCUGGCAAUAGAAUUCGAGACUUGUCACGCGAGGGAGACUCUUCAAUUCGUUGCGGGAAAGCGAGGUAGUGGCCGCUGGCCCCAUGUGUACACUCGGUCAAGGCUGGGCUGUGGAGGUGCCUCGCCAUUGUUCCCUUGUGUCGAUUUGAUCAACAGCCGAUGCACGUGGGAUAUAUCGAUCAAAUGUCCGAGGACAGUCGGCGAUGCGCUGAACCAAGCUUUAUCCCUGGACCUGUCAAAGCUGAAUAUUGACCCUUCGUCCCAGGAGGCUCGUCAAAGCUAUGAAGGCAAGGAGAUGGUCGUUGUCUGCUCUGGCGAGCUCACCGACGAGAUCAUGGACAGAGGUGACAAUACACAAAAGACAGUAUCUUUCUCCUGCUCGCAGCAACUGGCGCCGCAGCAGGUUGGAUUUGCUAUUGGCCCUUUUGAGCGGAUCAACCUGGGUGAGCUGCGCGAUCCGCAAGAAGUCGAAGAACUCGGUCGUAAUGCGGUGGAGAUGCUGGCUUACUGUUUACCUGGGCGAGCAGAAGAGACCAAGAACACCUGUCUACCUUUGGCGAAAGCCAUGGAUUUUGUCGUCCACAAAUACAUCUCCUGUCCGUUCCGGGCAUAUUCGAUGUGCUUUGUCGAGGACAUCCCUUCAGACAUAUCCGUUUUCGCAGGUGUGUCGAUGUGCAGCACAAGACUCCUGUACCCAGAGGAUGUCAUUGAUCCGGCUCAAGAAGUGACGAGACAGCUGGUUCACGCUAUAGUGUCGCAGUGGAUUGGCAUCAACAUCAUCGCCGAAGAACCACGAGACAACUGGGUCAUCAUCGGAGGAGCAUACUUCAUGACGAAUCUCUUCAUGAGAGAUCUGUGCGGUAACAACGAGUAUCGCUACCACAUGAAACAACAGGCUGAUCGAGUCUACGAGCUCGAUCACGAGCGUCCCUCGAUCUACGAAAUGGGGGCGCUGAUGCACGUGGACCCGGCGGAAUACGAUUUCAUCGCUAUCAAAGCCCCCGUAGUACUCUUCAUUCUGGACCGGCGCAUUGCAAAGAAUCAAGGCACAUCAAAGAUGCCAGCCAUUCUUGCGAAGAUCCUUACCAGAGCUCGGACUGGCGACCUGCUCAACAAUGCUCUUUCAACAGAUCUGUUUCAGAAAACAGCAGAACGGUUCGGACAUGCAAAGUUCGACGAUUUCCUUGCCCAGUGGGUGAAAGGAGCGGGAUGUCCCAGGUUUUCUGCAUUUCAACGCUUCAAUAAGAAAAAGCUAGUUGUGGAAAUGCUGAUCAAGCAGACUCAAGGCACUACAACAACAGAUCGAGAAUUGGAUAUUGAUUCCUUCAUGCGUGAUGCCCGUGAGGAUUUUCAGACUGUCUAUGCAGCUCCUCCACAGCCGGUGUUUACCGGGCCUAUGACUAUCAGGAUCCACGAGGCGGAUGGGACACCAUACGAACACAUCGUCGACAUAAAAGAUGUCCAGACCAACUUCGAUAUACCAUACAACACAAAAUACAAACGCCUUAAGAGGAGCAAGAAGCAACGAGCAAGAGCAAAUACCAAGGCUGCUACCGAAGCAGAUGAAGAGGGCGAAGCCUUGGUCUAUUGCUUGGGCGACGUGCUUCAAGGUGAGGAAGAUGUUGCCACUUGGAAGAUCACGGAAUGGAGCGCAGAGGAUGAAGAACGUAUGAACUCUGAAUCGUAUGAGUGGAUCCGGCUCGACGCCGAUUUUGAGUGGAUCUGUCAGAUCAACCUUCAAAUGCCGGGCUACAUGUUCAGCUCACAGCUUCAACAGGAUAGAGAUGUUGUUGCGCAGCUAGAAGCACUGAGGCAUAUCUCUAGCUACCCACCUUCACCACUUGUGUCCUCGAUCUUCAUCCGUACGCUGAUGGACCGGCGCUAUUUCCAUGGAGUACGUUCAUUGGCGGCUCAAGGUCUCGUGAAACACGCAAAAGACGAAGGAGAGGCCAAGAAUAUAGGAUUGUUCCACUUGAAGAAAGCCUUUGAGGAAUUAUAUUGCGUCACGGAGCAGGGCUCAGCUAUGACCAGACCAAACGAUUUCUCGGAUCAGCUCGCAUAUAUGUUGCAGUGCGAGAUUAUCGGUGCCAUCUCAAAGGUACGAGACAGCCGUGGACAUACACCGAGAGAGGUCAAAGACUUUUUGCUCGACAAACUCAAGUUCAACGACAACUCUGCAAAUGACUACUCAGAUGCGCAUUACGUGGCUCGACUCAUGAAGGCCCUCACUGCUGCAGUCAUCGCCCGACCACACCAUCACGUUGGCGUAGAUGACAUGGAUCUCGAUCUUGAAGAUGAAAUUCAUGAGCUGAGGCAAUUGGAGAAUCAGUUCCUCGAGGAAAUCGACCGGUACCGGCGCAUGGACGAAUGGACCAGUUCGUACCAGAACCUGUACUCGCGAACGGCGCUUGAAUGUCAAUCAAUGCUUGCGGCAGCCGGUAUAGCUCGAUUCUCGCCGCUACAUUUCCUGCAAUACACUCGACCUGGAAACUACGACAUGCUGCGACAAUCCGCCUACAGUGUACUCACCACCCCCAGCAUCCUGAAUGAGCCCUCUAUUCUCCGCUACGUGCUGUACUGUAUGGUCGCAGAUUCUUCGCCCUGGUUACGGCAAAGUCUGCAGCGAGCAUUCGGCAAGGUCCUGGCUAAGCGCGCUAUUGGCGAAAAGACCGUCUCGGUCCAGCCUGUGGCCGAUGGACUCGUCAUUGAAGACACAGCUGUAGCUGAUGCUCGGCAAGCCGAUUUAGCUCGCCGGCAGACAAUGGAGGGUGCAAUGGCUGCUCUGAAAAAGGAGCUGGGCAAUCACGAGUUGCUCAAAACCGCCUUGUGGAAUGCUGUGUGCUACGAUCAAAUCACGCUCGAAGAUCUGCAGACAAUGCUGGACUUUUGCCGGCUGAUCUAUGAACCGAAGGACGAGAUGAAAGUGUCUCUACGACUACCGCGGUACUGGCGGGUAGAGAGCCUCGGAAAGGGUAAACUCAAGUUCGAGCAGACUCAGAAAGUCAGAUCGAAGGUCGUGUCGAAAUGGCAACCUCCUCUACCACACAUACGCACGGAAAUGCAACCCUCGCGACCGAGCAUCGGCAGUGCAGGUGGCUUGAAGCUCACUUUCAAGAUGGGUUCGCAGUCCUCUCGUCCGACGCCAACACCGCCGCCUCCACCUCCUGCUCCUGCUCCGCCCGUGCCGACUCCGACCCCUGGCCCCGGCCGUGUCGUACUCAAAUUCAAGCCGGCUUCGAAAGGUUGAUCGGUUGUGCCUUUUGGAGCAUAUUCCACUCCUACCAGGCUUCGACCUUUCCUGGGUUGGAGAGUCAUUGUGUAGGGCCCAUGCAAAAUCAACCAGAAAGCGGCUAUCUAUUCUUCCAGUCCGUCGUCAUGAACGUGCGCAUGUCCCCAUCGAUACCCGCAUCCCAUUCCCAGAUAGCGCAUUCUGUAUGACAAUAUUACAUUGCAAUGCAUUUUCUCCAACGCAGCAUCCGCAGAUGUUGGG